CGCGUCGCCAAGGAAAGAUCACUUGUGCUCCUCACCCCAAAAGAUCACGUUCAUUUCUCUCAGUUCCGUUUCAUGAAAUCUCGGCCCAUCCUUCUUCUGCUGUUUAACCGACUCAUUUAUGCUCUGCCGUACCUCAACCAGGGUUCAGCACAGAACCUAAGCAAACAUGUCCACGGUGUCGAGCCUGGUUCUCCAGAAUUCUGGUGGAAGAUUAUCAUAAGUUCGAUACUCGUAUUGAUGGGGGGCGUGUUUGCUGGCUUGACUCUCGGUCUAAUGGGCCUCGACGAGCUGCAUCUACGCGUGCUGGCGACAUCUUCUGAGAAUCCUGUAGAGAAGAAAAAUGCCAAGAAAGUGUUAUCUCUUAUGCGGAAAGGAAGACAUUGGGUCCUGGUCGUGCUCCUUCUUGGUAACGUUAUAGUUAACGAAAGUCUGCCCAUUUUCCUCGACAGCGUCAUCGGUGGAGGCGUAGCUGCGGUAGCGCUUUCCACGACGGCAAUUGGUGAAUUAAUAAUUCCUCAAUCACUGAGUGUCCGCUAUGGCCUUGCUAUUGGUGCAGCAUGCACUCCGUUUGUCUUGGUGUUGAUGUACGUCUUUGCGCCCGUAGCAUGGCCUAUAGCCAAGCUCCUCGACCUCGUCCUCGGCACGAACGAGACCCACACCUACAAAAAAGCAGAACUAAAGUCCUUUCUGCAGUUCCACCGCACGGGGGAGGAACCGCUGAGAGAGGACGAGAUAUCGAUUCUCAGUGGUGUCCUAGAGCUCAAUUCGAAGAAUGUCGAGACCAUCAUGACGCGUAUGGAGGACGUGGUUACCCUGAGCAGGGAUACUAUACUCGACCACAAGAUGAUCGAUACAAUAUUGACGAGCGGAUACUCGCGAAUCCCCAUACACGAUCCGGGAAACCCAUUGUCAUUCACAGGUCUGUUGUUGGUGAAGAAGCUUCUCACAUACGAUCCCGCAAAGGCGCUUCCGGUAUCCAGGUUCCCUCUAUCCAUUCUUCCCGAGGCGCAUCCUUCGAUAAACUGUUUUCAGGCACUGGACUAUUUCCAAACAGGCCGGGCGCACCUGAUUCUGAUAUCCCGCACCCCCGGUAUCGCCGGCGGAGCCAUCGGAGUGAUCACACUCGAAGAUAUCAUCGAAGAGAUCAUAUCGGAAGAAAUCGUCGACGAGACCGACCGCUACGACGAUAACGUGCACAAGAGGAAGGCAAAGCGGAUGACGACGGCCGCCAUCAUGAGGGGGAUUGUCGAGCGUGAGCGUGGUCGCGUUUCGGCGGUUGGUACGCCCACUGAACGGACGCCGCUGCUUGGCCGGGAUCGGAGUAUUGUGGACUAUGGAUUUGGGGGAGCGCUUAGUCAGUCACCGAGGGGUGAAUAGCAGCAUCACGGGGAAAGGAAACGUUUUUUUGCUUUGCUUUUGCUAUUUUUUUGUAAUCUAUUCCUGAACUUUUUUUUUUUU